UGGAGUAUUUUCACUCCACUGAACCUCUACGGAGUGAGUAAUUACUGGCUCCGCAGCCAACAGAGGGAACACACGCUCUGCCACACAGAAAAAUACGUUCUCAACAAAUUAGUGGAAGAAGUUUGGCGUGGAAUUGUGGAGUUUAUACAUAUUAAAGUGCGUGAGAGGACUCCAAAGGACUGCUGGAAAACACUGAAGGAAAUGGCAGGAAGCACCUGAAACCUGUUGCUCUGAGCACUAAUGCGCAAGGUGAUUUGAUUUUUUUAAUAUUCACCCUUAUCAUAUCUUAAAAAAAGGAAUUUAUUUUUUGGACGACAGAUUUAUUUUUCAUAUUUUCUUCACGAUAUUUCGGCGUCUUCUUUUUUGUUGUUGUUUUUGUUGUGAAUCCGCCGGAUUGCAUUCAUCGGAUGCAUUCACCUGCCAUGUGGAAUUUAAAGCAGAUCUGAAAGGAAACCGACGCUUAAAAUGUUACUUUGUUACAAAGUAUCUGCGGGAAAUGAACUUUCGACCUUAACAUGGUUUAACUCGGUGAAUGAUUGACCAUUUAGUCCACGGAUACGCGUGCUUUUCCAUGCCCGUGUUUAGGAUCAUGGUCUUUAUGAAAUGCACUCACACAGUUGGAAGAAAGUGUGCUCGGGAUCUGGAAUGAAACUUCACUGUGAUUUACAACCUUGUGGACUGUGGACAUGCUGCUGGAGCAAUUAAGGUUUCCUUUUGGGAUUUCUUCUUUCCGAAACGCAGCAAUAAAUUAAAAAAAGAAAGAAAGGAAGCAGGGGGAAAAACCUGAGCUGAGAAAAUACUCAAGAAUUGAAAUUCAUAGCUUUCCAGUAUGAGGAAACCUGCGGAUAAGCAUCAUUUCACUAUGGAGACCUCAGGGAUGCACCUGGUCGGAUUUUGGCUGCACGUUCUGCUGCUGUCGCAACUGCCUCGGCUCGGCGAAGCCGCCUCUAAGGAUAUAGUGUGCGAGCCAAUCACCGUACCAAUGUGCAAAGGGAUCGGAUACAAUCACACCUACAUGCCCAACCAGUUCAAUCAUGACACCCAAGAUGAAGUCGGCUUGGAAGUGCACCAGUUUUGGCCGCUCGUCCGCAUCCGUUGCUCCCCAGACUUGCUUUUCUUCCUGUGCAGUAUGUACACCCCCAUCUGUCUUCAGGACUACAAAAAACCGCUGCCGCCUUGCAGGUCCGUGUGCGAGAGGGCUAAGAGGGGUUGCUCCCCCCUCAUGAUCCAGUAUGGGUUCGAGUGGCCGGAGCGGAUGAGUUGCGAGCAGCUGCCCAUGCUGGGUGACACCGAUCGGCUUUGCAUGGACAGAAACAGCAGUGAGACCACAACUCUAUCACCUCCUUUCCCCAAACCCACUCCUAAGGGAACGCCACGACAUAGAGCCACUGCAAAAUCCGCUCCGCCACAGAAGUGUGACCGCGAGUGCCACUGUCGAAACCCCCUAGUGACUAUUAAACAGGAUGCACAUCCUCUUCAUAACCGUGUACAGACUGGCUCUCUACCCAACUGUGCCAUGCCUUGCCACCAACCCUACUUUUCCCAGGAUGAGCGUGCCUUCACCACCUUCUGGAUCGGCCUGUGGUCGGUGCUGUGCUUCGUCUCGACGCUCACCACCGUGGCGACCUUCCUCAUCGACAUGGAGCGUUUCAAAUAUCCAGAGCGCCCGAUUAUCUUUCUGGCCACUUGCUAUUUGUUUGUGUCGCUGGGGUAUAUCGUGCGACUGCUUGCGGGCCAUGAGCGGGUAGCUUGCGAGGGCACCGGUAACCAACAGCACAUCCUCUACGACACCACGGGUCCUGCCCUUUGCACGCUAGUUUUCUUGCUCAUAUAUUUUUUUGGAAUGGCCAGCUCCAUUUGGUGGGUGGUGCUCUCCUUCACCUGGUUCCUGGCGGCAGGAAUGAAAUGGGGCAACGAGGCCAUUGCAGGUUACUCGCAGUACUUCCAUCUUGCUGCUUGGCUUGUCCCUAGCGUCAAGUCCAUCGCUGUCCUAGCUUUGAGCUCGGUGGAUGGAGACCCCGUGGCUGGGAUCUGCUAUGUCGGCAACCAGAGUUUAGAGAGCCUACGUGGCUUCGUAUUGGCACCACUGGUCGUCUACCUCUUCACCGGCUCGCUCUUUCUCCUGGCCGGAUUCGUUUCGCUCUUUCGGAUCCGUAGCGUUAUUAAACAGGGUGGUACCAAGACGGACAAGCUAGAGAAGUUAAUGAUCCGGAUUGGGCUCUUCACCGUCCUGUACACCGUGCCCGCAACUAUUGUGGUGGCGUGCCUGGUGUACGAGCAACAUUACAGGCCAGGUUGGGAGCGGGCACUGGCCUGUUCUUGCCCGUCCGAGCGCCAGCGGCUCGGCUUGGGCCCGGACUAUGCUGUCUUCAUGCUGAAGUACUUCAUGUGUCUUGUAGUAGGCAUUACCUCAGGUGUUUGGAUCUGGUCUGGGAAGACUCUAGAGUCCUGGAGACGCUUUGUGGCACGGUACCUCCCCUGUAGGACCCGGAAGCCACCUGUAUCCGGCUCGUCCAUGUACAGCGAGGCCAGUACCGCUCUCACAGCUCGAGCUGGAACAGCACCCACUGGGACCUAUCACAAAUCAGCACCCUCAUCACAUGUCUGAACAUUGGCCAGAAAGCCCUGGUCCUUAAUAAACCCUACAACUGUCAAACGAGUGACACAUGAAGUGUGCAGGUCAUGACUCUGAAUGAGCAGGUGUCUAUUUGACCUUCCAACCUCACCGGAUUUGAUGGACGGGAUGAAUAUAUUAUGAAGGAUUUUUACAGACUAUUUGUGGUUGUUUUAUUGUUCUCAUUCACUGGUCUAAUUUGCAAAGCAAUGAACGUGUUGAUACUUUGUGAGGAAAAGAUUUACAACAUUGUAGCCAUCUUGUUAAUUUUAGUACGUGAAUGAUGAAAAAAUCUGACAAGGUUAAUACUUGAUAUGAGUCAAGACAAAUGGAGGGGAUUGUGGAGAUAUUUAUUUGUGUAUUCUUGUAAAUAUGCUAUUCAUGAGCGACUGAACAGUCGCCCUGCUGUUUGUGACUGUCAGCAUUUUACAGGAUGUCAGGAUCAUUUUAAAUACCAUCUCCAGGCUACUAAUUUACAAAUGUGGACGUAGGAUGUAAAUAGGAGCUUUCAUGCAUUUUCUGUAACCAAGAAGACUUUUCAGCAUGUUGUGCAAGUUGAGGUCCAGCGAAGGAGUUGUUGCACAGUUCUGCACAGGUUAAUGUUCUUCAAGGUCCCUCAACUGCCACUUAUCAGAGCUAUCUCUCCACUGAUAAUAGAUUGUUGGUUAGCAUCUAUUGGGCAGAUAGGAUGUGUAUGUUCCAUCUAUAGAGAUGUUUGAAGAGUCUGUAGCAUGAGCUUGACUUCCCUCUUGUGGUCAUGGGUUUAACUCUCAUGAGGUUCACGUUAACCAGCAGCCUAGGUUUGUUGAGUAGAACUAGGCCAAAUAUGAACUGGUUUUAAAUUUCUUCUGGUCUGUUCAUGUCCUUGUCAAGCCUCAUGAUCCAGUCUUUGGUUAUUUUGUCAUUUCACCUUAUUUGUGUUUUGAAUCAGAAAGCCAGUGUUGGGUGUGCACUUCUAGCAGACAGAAUCUGUAAACUUCGUUUUUGUAGAUCUGUGUAAAAACUUUAAGUGGAGGUAUAAAUGUAAGCAUUGUUUGGAUUCUUUUUGCUGUCCAAGCUGUUGUAGAAAUAAUUUUCCUGUGUAGUCUUUAAAAUGCCUCACAAUUUUGCUGCAUGUCUGGUUGUGUGUACAUACUCGUUUGGCUCGAUUCAUAUGUAAAUCUUGUAGAAGACAUGUCCUUUUAUGAAUCCAGACUGCAACUUUGUACAUAUGUUUUGUAAAAGAUGAAAUACAGUGCUACAAUUUUAAAGAGAUUCUUAGAUAUUUAUGAAAAGUGUCUUUUACAUGUUUCUUUUGUUUCUCUUAAUGGUAGAGAAUAAAAGUGAGGAGCAAUUUGUGAACCUGCAAGUCAAACGUUUGGUCCAUCAUUUAUUGUGCUUUUAUUUUUACUGCUGUUUUAGAGGAGGAAAAAAAACAUCC